AUGGGUGGGCCCAUUAACUUAGACCCCUCCCCACGCACGGUGGUUCUUGCACAGUCCCUUACACGGCGGCCAGCCCCCCCACUCCCCCGUCCCACCACCGCCCCACAACAGCAGCAGCCGUGGGAGGGUAGAGGCAGGGUAGAGGGUGGUGCUGGAGUGGCUCACGGUGGCCACCCCUUCCACACCACUUCCCCCCCCCACAGCCGGAGUCGCAGAAGGGAAGGCGACGGGGAAGCGCAGGGAGGCUGCCCGGGGCGGCACAACAGUUGCAGUCGCGGAAUGUGCAGCCGCUGCAGCAGCAUAGGGGCCGACGGGAGGGCGGGCGGGGAAAUCUGCUGGUGCGCAACGGGCGGUGUGGAGCUGACGACGGACGGCGGUGCGCUGACAACGGGCGACGAGGAGGUGGCGACGGGCGGCGGGGAUGUGGCGACGAGCGGCGGUGAGCUAGCGACGGGCGGUUUGCAGCUGACGACGAGCGACUGGGAGCGUACGGACGGGCGGGGGGGAGUGAAAUAUGGACAAAACGUGGGCUCGCCGAGUGUCGCAACGAGCAGGACGAAGGGUCGCAACAGCAGCGCGACGGGGAGCCGCGAUGGGGACUGCGGCGAGGCGAACGGGUCCCGCCAUUGCGCAGAUCGCCGCCAUCUGCAUAGCUGGCACGCCGCUGGGAGCGGUGGCGUGUUGAAGGCGCGGUCGAAGAUGGUGGCGAACCGGUGGUACACGAUGGGGGCGGGGGACAGCUGUGCGUCGCUGGUGGUGGUGCAGUUCCAGCGCCAGCCGCCGCUCGUGGGCGAGCUCAACCGCGGCUGGAUGUGCCGCUCCCAGAGCCUCUUCGCCGGCAUGCCCCUCUGCAUCGCCUCUUAG